CCGCUAGCACGCGGAUUUCCUGGGAACGAGCCCUGGACGGGGCGGUAAUCAGCCGUUUGUUCACCUGCCACGCGUUUCAGUUCGUCGACCGUUCGGCGCCGUUUCGCCCGAAGGCGCGGCCGCGACCAUCCUGUAUCAUCAGGCGCUGCUCACCAAAAUGUCUUUCCGAAGGAAGUACCACAGCGUGCCGCUGGGCCGGGACCAGUUUUACAUCGACGUGCGCUACUCCAAUUUGCGGCCGAUCGGCGGCGGGUCCUACGGCGUCGUGUGCGCCGCGGACGACGCGACGACCGGGAGGCGCGUAGCCAUCAAAAAGAUAGCGAACGUCUUCGGCGACCUGGUGGACGCGAAACGAAUCCUGCGGGAAAUCAAGCUCCUGCGCCACUUCGGCAGCCACGAGAACAUCGUGCAGGUGAAGGAUCUGGUGACGGUGCCCCCGAACACGAUCGACUUCCAGGACGUGUACAUCGUCACCAAUCUGAUGGAGUCCGACCUCGAUCGCAUCAUCACCUCGCGGCAGGCCCUGACGAACCAGCACCACCAGUACUUCCUCUACCAGAUCCUGCGGGGCCUGAAGUACAUCCACUCGGCGCACGUGCUGCACAGGGACCUGAAACCGUCGAACCUCCUCGUGAACGGCAACUGCGAUCUGGCGAUCUGCGAUUUCGGACUGGCGCGCGGCGUCGACGACGACGCGGGCAAGCUCACCGAAUACGUGGUGACGCGGUGGUACCGCGCGCCCGAGCUGCUCUGCGAGGCCAAGGACUACGGCCCGCCCAUCGACGUCUGGUCCGUGGGAUGCGUCUUCGCGGAGAUGCUCCGCAGGAAACCCUUCUUCCGGGGCGACACGCCGCAGCACCAGCUAGAAACCAUUGUCUCCGUCUUGGGGAGACCCUCCGAGAAGGCCUUGGGCGCGAUCGAGCACCGCGCGGCGCGCGACGCCGUCGAGGCGGGCUGCACGAACGAUGAAUUGCACGAGUUCAAGUCGUACUUUCCGAGGGACGCCUCCCCUACCGCGCUCGACCUGCUGCAAAAGAUGCUCGUGUUCGACCCUCACGAACGAGCCUCGGUGGAGCGGUGCCUGGAGCACCCCUACCUAUCAGAUCUGCACGGCCAGAUGCCCGAGCCGCUCUGCGACGACGCCUUCGACUUCGAGUUCGAAAGGAGCGACGCGGCGGAGACCAAGAGCGGCGACGCGCUGCCGCGCGAGGAGCUCCAGUCUAUGAUGUUCGAGGAGAUGGUCCAGCUCCAGCUCGUGAUGGAGGACGGCUCGCAGGCGAAGGAGGAGGAUUCCGCGGCGCCGGAAGCCAAGUGACUGGCCCGUCCUCCCCCUCUAGAUAUCCUCCGCCCGAAUCGAUGUAAUUCCCGCUUUUUACUGGGCUCCCGACGACGAGACGACUUUUUCCCCCGAC